UGAAGCCACUGCAGCAGCUGGCAGCUGGGAAGGUGCCCACUGAGCGGGCGCGUCGAGCGGGACGCGGGAGUCGCAGAGACCCCGGGCGCCUGCUAGGCUCCGCUGGCAGUUUGCAAGUGGCGGAGACCCCUCAGGUGGCAGCCCUAAGCCCUAAUGCUUGAGCAGAUGGAAGCCCACCAGCUUCUGUUCCCACAAGGUGGACACACUGAGCUUGGUCCUCGGCGGUGGAGGAGGCCAGAAACAGCCCUCAGUGAGAUAAUCCAGCCCUGACAGGCCUUAAGCCCCGAGAAAGGGUGAGAAGUGAACUGCACCUCCUGGGGACCCGUGGAAUCCUCCCCAACUGCUAUUUCCGAAGUUCUUUGGGAGUUCUCUGAGGCAAAGAACAAGAUGUAGGAAAAUGGGACCAACUCCUAGGUGUCCCCAACCUCAAAGCCCCUUUCAUGGCCCAAAGAAGCUCACCUUGACCUUGGGAAAGCCGGGGAGACCUGUGCUCCAUUGUCUUGGCCUCGGCCAAGCACUGGACCUGGCCUCCCUCUCUAGUCCCGGUGAUCACUCCGCGGAGGGAAUAAGCCUGAAGACCCCCAGGGGUUCCAUCCCUAAGGGACUCUUGGGAAAGGAAGCCCUUCCAUCCCCUCCCCGAGUGCCCCCCAGCCAAGCCCCGGGGAGCAGUCCGGAAUGAUCCCGUCAUGGCCAAACUCUGGUUCAAAUUCCAGCGGUACUUCCGCCGGAAGCCUGUCCGUUUCUUCACCUUCCUGGCCCUCUACCUGACGGCUGGGAGCCUUGUCUUCCUUCACUCUGGCUUCGUGGGCCAGCCCGCCGUCUCCCAGAACCAGGCCAACCCCGCCGCGGGGGCCCCGGCCGAGGGCGCUGAGCUGCCCUUUUUGGGCGACUUGCAUCUGGGCAGAGGCUUUCGGGACCCGGGCGAAGCCUCCAGCGUCGCCCGCAGGUAUGGACCCUGGUUCAGGGGCAAGGAUGGGAACGAGAGAGCCAAGCUGGGCGACUACGGAGGAGCCUGGAGCCGAGCCCUCAAGGGGAGGAUCUCCCGGGAGAAGGACGAGGAGCGAGCCAAGUACAUCGGCUGCUACCUGGAUGACACCCAAAGCCGGGCCCUGCGAGGCGUGUCCUUUUUUGACUACAAGAAGAUGACUGUCUUCCGUUGCCAGGACAACUGUGCAGAACGGGGUUACCUGUAUGCCGGGCUGGAGUUCGGCGCUGAGUGCUACUGCGGGCACAAGAUCCAGGCGACAAACGUGAGCGAGGCAGAGUGCGACAUGGAGUGCAAGGGCGAGCGGGCCAGCGUGUGCGGUGGCGCCAACCGCCUGUCCGUCUACCGGCUGCAGCUGGCCCAGGAGUCGGCCCGCAGGUAUGGAAGCGCUGUCUUCCGAGGCUGCUUCCGCAGGCCUGACAACCUCUCCCUGGCCCUGCCUGUAACGGCUGCCAUGCCAAACAUGUCCGUGGACAAGUGCGUGGACCUCUGCACAGAGAAGGAGUACCCACUGGCAGCCCUUGCGGGCACUGCCUGCCACUGCGGGUUCCCCACCACGCGGUUUCCCCUCCACGAGAGAGAGGAUGAACAGCUCUGUGCCCAGAAGUGCAGCGCGGAGGAGUUUGAGAGCUGCGGGACCCCCAGCUACUUCAUCGUGUACCAGACGCAGGUUCAAGACAACCGCUGCAUGGACAGAAGGUUCCUCCCAGUCAAGUCCAAGCAGCUCAUCGCGCUGGCCAGCUUCCCAGGUGCUGGCAACACGUGGGCUCGCCACCUCAUCGAGCUGGCCACCGGCUUCUACACGGGCAGCUACUACUUUGACGGCUCUCUCUACAACAAAGGGUUUAAAGGUGAGCGAGACCAUUGGCGCAGCGGGAGGACCAUCUGCAUCAAGACACACGAGAGUGGCCAGAAGGAGAUCGAGGCCUUUGACGCUGCCAUCUUGCUCAUCCGUAACCCUUACAAGGCCCUCAUGGCUGAGUUCAACCGCAAGUACGGCGGCCACAUCGGCUUUGCUGCGCAUGCCCACUGGAAGGGCAAAGAGUGGCCAGAGUUCGUGAGGAACUACGCCCCGUGGUGGGCCACGCACACGCUGGACUGGCUCAAGUUCGGCAAGAAGGUGCUGGUGGUGCACUUCGAGGACCUGAGGCAGGACCUCUUCGUCCAGCUGGGCCGCAUGAUCGGCCUGCUGGGCGUGGCCGUCCGGGAGGACCGGCUGCUCUGCGUGGAGGGCCAGAAGGACGGCAACUUCAAGCGCUCCGGGCUGCGGAAGCUCGAGUACGACCCCUACACGGGGGACAUGCAGAAGGCCAUCUCCACCUACAUCAGGAUGGUGGAUGCAGCCCUCAAAGCGAGGAACCUCACGGGCGUCCCCGACGACUACUGCCCCAGAUGAUGUGUGGCAGGAGGAGGGGCCCCGGGAGUCCUGACCGGGAGGGGGACUUGAGGCCCCAGGGGAGCCCCCCAUCUGUCCUUUCUGUGGUUUGGGGACAAUCCCCUUGGCUGCUGUUGGCCUUCAGUGAGUUUCCUGCAUGACAGAGGAGGCUCAAGGGGAGAGACUGUCCGGGGACUCCCCACCCUCCCCACACACCCCUUGGAGAUGGAGGGGGCGGUGAUUUGGGGAGUUCCAGCCACAUGUCCCUUUCCUGUCUCCUGUGCCCCUGUCCCCACCACUCGGGUUCCACUUGUGGGAGGAAGGAUGUGCCACAGACAGGGGGCCCCCAGGACAGGUGUGGAGGACCUGGGUGCAGACCUAAAGGGACCCUUGGGAAAGAAGGUGGCCCAGGCUCUGUCCCUCCUGGGCUGAGCAUUCACAGCCUCCCCUCAUUCUCCACCCAGGAAGCGCCGGCACCCAGGCUGAUCUAGGCCACUUCUGUCUGAAGAAAGAUCGCUAGGAACUUUCUCUGUGGCCCUAGGUUUCUGACAUUCUGGGUGGGGUGGAGGGGCAGCGGCGCUCAUGGUGGGCUAAUUGGCAGGGCCGUGGGGUUACUGGCAGCAGGAACCCAUCCCAGGGCACGUGCUUCAGAGACACGAGCUGGUUGCCUGUCCACCUCUAGGGCUGGAAUUCUACCCUUUCAUCCUCCACAGUAUCCAGGAAGUGCUCUUGGGACCUUUGAUCCCAUUUCCAGGGUUCUUUAGGCACCAAAAAUUAUCCCACCAGGAUGGCCACUUGCUACAUCUGAGUAUGAAUGAGCGUCCCAAGGACACCUCUGCCCUGGGACCAACAUGCUGAUCUUACACUGCCCUCUGCCCCCUGCCAGUGGGUCCUUUGCUAUCCAGGUGAGAGCAAGGGUGCUCCAAAUCAGGUGGGGCCAUGACCAAGGGAGACCCCCACUACUCUCCCAGACCAUCCACCUCCCCUUGGUCAUAGUGCAACAGGGCCAGCCUCCCUUGGGGGCCUUUUAAGGAGCAGGAUGAAUGAGGAACCCUGGAUGCUGAGUCAUCACCCCAGAGGACCCCCGUCCCCCCCAAGGACUUGAGUCACUGGUCAUCUCUUAGAAGGCAUUGACCUGGGACUCCAUCUCCUCCCCACACGUGGAUACCAGUGGCUUCACAUCUGGCCCAUACACAAGCACCUACACCAUUUCCCACCGUGUAGAUGGAAAAGCCAUAGGUAUAGGUCUUUGCCACUCUGUCUGGAGCAGCCCCUCGGAAGCCCUGGGGUGCAGGUAAAUGCUCAUUCCCAAAUAACCAAGAGAUUACAGAGAAGGUGAGCGUGAAGAGAUAUAUUUUUUUAAGAGGAAUAUGACUCAUACAUUCCACCCCUUGGAACCUGGCCAUGCAAAGAGAAGGGCCUCGGGUUGGGGCCUGUGGUCCUCUUCCCUGGUCCCCUCAUCUGUAGGAUUUGGUCCACCCCAGGGCCCAGCCAGGAGCUCUGAAUGUAUUUUGUACAGUGUUUGUUUCCCCGGGGCUAAUUUCUAGUUUUCUUUUCACAAAGCAGGGGAGGGGGUGGCCUCCCCUCCCACUUAAAGGUCAGUUCUGCCUGGGGGACUCCGGGUCCAAGACCUGGGCCAGUCCUUUGCUGGUGGUCACCUCAGGCCACAAGCCUUUGAAGAUUCCUCAGGUCAACACCAUCAUUAAAAGCGAGUUUUGUUGAUAA